CGCCGCCGCCGCCGCCACUAUCGUCGCCGUCGCUGUUCUCGUCGAUCAUGAACAUCGCGGUGUCGUCGCACGGAUCAAGGUGCUACUGCCGCCGUCGUCGUCGUCGCUGCUGCUGUUGCUGCUGCUGCUGCUGGUGAACGCGAACGUCGUGCCGCGAACGAGACGCGCCGUUCUCGUCGGGCGCUUUGGCCGGGGCCGCGGGCGACGUCGCGCGCGCACCGGGAAGCGCGGUCUGCCGAAAUGAGCAGCCACGACGACGGGCCUUCCGUUCACGCCCGGAACAAGGAGUAUUCCGAGGAGCAGGUGGCAGCGAUCGGGUGGGAGUUUUAAGAGCCGGAGGUCGUGCUGGAGAACGCGAUUAACGUCGUCGUCGUCGUCGUCGUCGUCGCCGACGACGAGGAGACGAAAAGAGAGAAGACGCGCCCCGCUCUCUUUCUGCUCGCCACUCUCGGCCGUAUCCGGCGAAGGCAGACGGCGUGGAGGUAACCGAAGACGGACAGAGGCGAGGAUGAGACAAGUGGUCGUGCUGGAGCCGGCGGGCAGCGUGCUGGUGAUCAGGCAGACCUCGUUGGCCGGCGGGAACGCCAACUCUGGCAAUCCCGGCGGCAACCCCAACGACAACCACGGUUUGGCCAAUCAUCACGCCGCCGUGUCCACGAUCGCUUCCAGCGACCACAAUCAGAACAGGAUCGUCGUGGUGCGUUCAUCCUCGUCCACCUGUAUGACCAGCUCGGCUGACAAUCACGCGUCGACCAACGGUAACGGCAACAUCAACGUUAACGCGAACAUCAACGGGAACCCCGGCGGCAUCAGCUGCAACAGCAGUACCGGCAGCAGCAAGCCGACGUCGAAGGUCGGGGUUGGCGGCGGUGGUUGCAAACUGAACGAGAGAAACGAUCACUUACGAAACGAGCACAAGAACCAGGACGGGGUCGCCAGCAACGAGACGAACCCAGCCGCCGCUGGAUGCCGUCCAAGGACGAGCAAGGAAGCCGCUCACGAGAACGUCGUCGUCACCGACAGGAAGCUCGAUGGCGCAGACCCCAUCUCCGACGGCGAUCCGAUCAAGCUCCCGGAGAAUCUGGAAACCCUGCCGCGGGCCGAGCACUUUCCAACACAGAGGCAUCGAUGGAACACCAACGAGGAAAUCGCCGCGAUCCUGAUCAGUUUUCAGAGGCACGCCGAAUGGCAAAGUCGGGAGGUAAAAGUGCGACCACGAAGUGGUUCGAUGUUACUGUACUCGAGGAAGAAGGUACGCUACCGGCGGGACGGUUACUGCUGGAAGAAGAGAAAAGAUGGAAAAACUACACGGGAGGAUCACAUGAAACUGAAGGUCCAGGGAGUCGAGUGCAUCUAUGGCUGUUACGUGCACUCGGCGAUCCUGCCGACGUUUCAUCGUCGGUGUUACUGGCUACUGCAGAACCCGGACGUUGUCCUCGUCCACUAUCUGAACGUUCCUUACCCGGACGGCGAUGCGAAGCUGGCCGCCCUGCCGCCCUGUCUCGCACUGCCGCCAGACAAGAAGGAGUGGACGCGGGACGAGCUGGCGUCGCAAUUAAGGCCCAUGUUCCUCGGCGGGGAUGACGACCCGAACAAUCCUCAUCUCACGCAGCAUUCGAGCCAUCCCGUCGACAUGAUAGUCUCUCAAUUGCUCGACAGGCAGAGGGCAUCCUCCACCUCCUCCACCAGCAACACUCAGCUCGCACCUAGGAGACUCACGCCCGACAAUCAGGUUCAAAGCGUAGUCUCUUCGACAACGGGAGGUCAGCAAUCAUCGACGACAGUCGCUCCCGCACCCCGCGUGUACUCAAGACAUUCCCAUUCUACUCAGAGUCAACAGCCGGCUCCUCUAGUUUUAAGUUUGCAACAAAUCCAAGGCGGAGGCGGUCUUCUGAUACUUAACAGUCAACCAUAUCAUCACCAGCAGCAGCAACAGCAGCAGCAACAGCAGCAGCAGCAGCAGCAGCAGCAACAACAACCGCAACAGCAGCAGCAGCAGCCGCAACAACAACCGCAGCAACAGCAACAGCCGCAACAGCAGCCGCAGUCGCAGCAACAUCAGCAGCAGCAACAACAACAGCAGCAGCAGCAGCAGCAGCAGCAACAGCAGAGUCAGCAGGUGGAGAUGCAACAGGUAGCGGAGCAGCAGAUCGUGCCGCAGACGAGCGUCGACAGGGAGCAGCAGACGCAGCAGGAGAUCGACGCGCAGGAGAACAUGGAGAGAUCGGGCGUGCAGCCUCUGCCGAUCGGCGGCUCUAGCUCCGAGGUGACCGAUUUCGCGGAGACGCUGGACCUCAGCCAGGAGGACAUCCAGAGGACGCUCUCGGCCAACAUGGUGCCGCCGUCGCCGUCGCCCUCGCCGGCGGACAACAGCAUGAUCAAUCCGAUGGACUUCAUCGACUCGUCGGACGACGUGCUGGUCAACCUGGAUGCGUUCGACGUGUUCGGCGACUUGCCGGAGCUGCACGACUUCGAGGCCGAUCAGACGAAGCACGAGGAGCGGGGUGGUCCCGAGAACGACGUCGGAUGUCAUCCUGGUACAACCGUCCAUAUUGCAGAGUAUAGUCCCGAAUGGAGUUACACCGAAGGCGGUGUGAAGGUAUUAGUCGCCGGCCCGUGGACCGGUGGUAGUGGUUCCCAAUCGUAUUCGGUACUUUUCGACGCGGAACCUGUCGAAGCGUGCCUCGUGCAACCGGGUGUGUUGCGUUGUCGGUGUCCUGCGCACGCACCGGGGAUAGCGUCCCUCCAGGUGGCUUGCGACGGUUUCGUCGUGUCCGACAGCGUUGCCUUCGAAUAUCGUCGAGCGCCGACGAGCGAACCCAGCCCUGAGAAGGCCUUGUUGGACCGUCUGGCGGACGUGGAGGCGCGUCUGCAAGGCCCAGGUCCGCCGUCUCCCGCGGCUCAUCUGGAAGAGCGACUGGUUGCUUAUUGCCAGGAUGCUGUUGUCCGUCCGUGGCGAGCUGGAGCGGAACCUCUUCAAUCCGGCGGGCCUACCCUCCUGCACCUGGCAGCCGGAUUGGGAUACUCCAGGUUAGCCUGCGCACUCCUUCACUGGAGAGCGGAAAAUCCUAGUAGCGUUUUGGAUGCCGAGGUCGAUGCUCUUAGGCAAGAUAGCGCUGGCCUCACGCCGCUCGCUUGGGCUUGCGCGGCGGGACACGCCGACACCGCCAGGAUUCUUUACAGGUGGAACGCGAUGGCGCUUCGCGUGAGGGACUGUCAGAACAGAACGGCGACCGAGUUGGCCGCGGAGAACGGCCACACGGCGAUCGCCGAGGAACUCAAUCAGCUCGAAGCCCGCAGGCAAGACGAGAGGCUUUUCUUGCGACCCGCCAGCCCUAGUCCUAGGAGGCCUUCUCAAGACAGCGGUCUCGAUCUGGCGUUGUGUGGCUCGCCGCUGCUGGACAACAUGGAGUUGUUGCAAGAGGAUGAGUCGUCGUUAGGCCUCAACGAACAGGGAAUGGAGAGCGCUCCGACCCCUCAGGAGACCGUAGGGGAGGAAGACGCGAGGGUGCUGACGCUGGCGGAACAGAUCAUAGCGGCGCUACCGGAGAGAAUCAAGAGGGCGGAGGGUGACUCCCCGUCUUCCACAUCGCCACCGCCUCCAACGGCGCCUCUGUCACCCUUGGAGGACGCUCUGAUGGAACAAAUGCCCCUCGACUCUGGAGAAUUGUUCGACUCGUACCGCGACUGCAGCGGGGGAGCGGCGUCGGUUUCGGACGCCGACGCCGAAGCCAGUCCCUCGAGCCCGUCGAGUAGUUGCCUGACCCCGGACUCGCCGUCCCCGCCGCCCACUACCGCCGACUUUUGCGAGUUCCUGCAGCUGCAGCUGCAGCUGGACGGCGGCAACGGCCACAACGGCCAGUACUACCCGGCGAACGGCUGCGGCGAGCGCAAGCUCAACGGCAUGAUCGGCAGCGGCAUUUCGGGCGCGAUCACGGCGGCCGGCGCCGGCAACGGCGACGGCAACGAGGCGGACCUCAGCAGGCUGACGUUGUCCGAUCGCGAGCAGCGGGAGCUUUAUCACGCCGCCAGGAUGAUCCAGAAGGCGUACCGGAGCUACAAGGGCCGUCAGAGGCAGGAGGAGGCCGAGAGGCACGCCGCCGUUCUCAUCCAACAGUACUAUCGCCGUCACAAGCAGUACGCCUAUCACAGGCAAGCCACGAAGGCUGCCCUAGUGAUCCAGAACAACUACCGGAAUUACCGAGCGCGACCGGGCUCGGCCGGCACGAGGCAGCAGGCGGUCCAUCAGCAAGCGGCUCAUCAGGCAGCGCGGAAGAUCCAGCAGUUCAUGCGGCAGUCCAAGAUCAACUUGUCGUGGGACGAUUCACGACCGACUGCAGAACGCCAAGGCCGUCGCAAGCGGGAGCGGGAGGCAGCCAGCGGUCACUUCGCGGGUGGCUGCUGUCCCCCAAAGCUCGCCCUCAUCUAGCCCAGGGGCCAGCCUAGUAGCCGCCAACCCGGAGGUCACCUAAUAGUCGACUGCCAGUCCAACGGCACGCGGAGCGGCGACGACGGUUCGCUAGUUAAGUAAACGACGACGCGGUAGCCGCGAGGUGGUCGCGAGAUGACGCGAGAGGAGAAGAGGCGCGCACGGAUGCGCUCCGAAAUCCGGGAAGCCAUCGCGACGCUCUUCCCACAGAAGGCGGGAGAGUGUCACCUGACCCCUGUGACCUCGACGAGGUCGUUGGCGACAGCAGCAGCAGCAGCAGCAGCAGCAGCAGCAGCAACAACUACUACGGGAAAGGGUACCAGACGUACGACACGGAUCACACGCUUCGUUCUCUGCGUCUCUGAUUUGCGUACCCGGUUGUUGACCUACCUUUUCAAGUCUCUUAUCAUAGUUUCAACCUUUUGUCCCUUACAAACACCUACACACACACACACACACACACACACACAUGUGCAAACACAUACAUAUACAUAUAAACCAAGUACACGAGACAGCCGCACUGAGUCGACACUGCUCGUGCACAGCGCGGAUUUCAUCCCCGAUCGCUCGUUUGUUCCGCUUGUACCUUAUUACUAUUCGUGCGUUUCCUCACCCCGUUGACGCGAGCGAUUGACGCGAGCGAGCAUAGCGGGGCUAGGUGGACGGAUGUAUACCCGUCUGUCGGAGGGUAGACGACUAGACAGGUUGACGACGACGCGCGCUCCAGGGGUACUUAGGCGAAGAUUAGCGGCGAAAUGCCCAGUCGAUCGACUCCGAGGCACGCUUGUAGAGUAACAAGUAUACACACAGAGACAUAUGGACAUACACACACACACACACAUACACACACACACACACACACACACACACACAAACGUACACGUACACACGGUUUUACCUUCCGCUUUCUACGAUACGUACAUGAUGUAAGGUAACCACAUAGCGCGCGUGUCGCGCCGCGCGAAAAGCGCGGAUCCGCUUUCCCCGGCACGUACGUUAAUUUCUCAGUACAUAGAUACGAGUCUACUUGCGACGCAGCAUCGAAGUCGACGAGUCGUGGCUCGCGAUACUUCACUCGCAUCUCCUCGUGUGCAUCGAGCUGAAUCGCACAAAAUGAGAAAAACAAUGUUAUCGCUUUCGUAGGAUAUAGGUAGGGUAGGUAGGAUAGGUAGGGUAGAUUAGUAGGGGCGCUCUCUAGGGUGGCUCUCGCGGUAGGUUCGUCGCCCGGCGAAUUUCGCGGUUCCGUGUAGAGGUCUCUCUUGAACUGAGCUAUUUCUUCGGCACGAGGCUCUUUGUAGGCAUAGGCAUGUUUCUUCUUCGAUGACACUGGUCGACAGGUUCGACUUCUUCUUUCCUUUCGUUCUCUUUGCUUUUUGUCCUCUUUUUCGGGUGAACGAGGAACGCUGAAACUGAUUGUGCGCGUGUGUGUGUGUGUGUGUGUGUGUGUGUAUGUGUGUGUGUGUAUGUGCGCGUGUGUGUGUCCUGCGCGAGUCCACGUCGGACUCGCGCGGAGAUGAAGCGUCGCGUCCGCGUGUCUUACGUGACGAUUAGAUCCGCGCGAUCCACGAGCGCAAUCGAAAGUGAAGUUCAGCGCGUAUCUCGUUGCGAGUGAAACUCCAGAGGCAACGGCGACCUCUUGGUCGACCUGGCGGUCUCUUUGUUGACUCGCGGAAUCUCGUUGACUCGUGUCAUCGUGGCAUUCUACCGAUCGCGUCGAGAUUCACAACUUUUGUCAUUUUUCCCCGUGCAAAGGAGUGCAUUCGUGUACAACAGCUGUGUUGCAUCUGUUUCUCCGACGAGUGGCGGCACUCUCAUUGAUCACACGUACACGUAACACGUACACGUACACCACGUAAUCUCACUUGCAUAGGGAACAGCCGAUACUUUCCAUUCUUCCUUAAUGAUAAUACGUUCGUCGAUUUUCGCUGCCGAGUUCGUCGCUACCGAGUCGAUUUCAAACGAGGAACGUUGACAACGUCGACAACGUUCCGGUCUCCGGCGGGAGAAGUAACGAAGGGUGUUUAUCCUGAGUUCACGCGUGAAUCCGAGCUUCAAACUUUCCAUCCGAGCGUGUUUCGUAUUUCACGUUCGCAUGUCAGGGACCGCGACCAGCCAGCUGACGUCGACUGACGUCGAGCAUAAGGGACGGACGCGCGAAUUCGGAGCGAAUACACGAGAUCGAAGACUCCGAGAGAGAGAGAGAGAGAGAGAGAGGAGGGGGGAAGCUAGCGCUGGACCACGUUUUACGAAACGAACGGAUCAGGACAGGACUGGGGAACGAGACGUGCGAGAAACGAAAAGACGAGAAUCCGAAGCGCGAAUCGGAACGCGAGAUUAGACUUGAUACUUCUCGAGGUUAGCUUCUGAUUUCCGAUCGGUGUUACAUUGUCCACGUCCAUUUUUUAUAUUUUUUACAAGAGGCGUGCGUUGUAGUGAUUAAAUUUAGGUAACUCGCGUGAGCUGGACGCGCGUUCCUAUCGUUCAGCGGGAAAGAAAGAGAAAAUGACAGAGAAUGGGAGAGAGGGUGAAAAAGGGAGAGGAAGGGCAAGAGCACCAACCGACUUGUAACGCAACGUCGUGAAUCUAUUUGUACAUACGUAUUCAGGUGCGAAACGUACUGACGUUCAUCACGUAGCGAAAACGGUCUUUUCCGUGCGCGGGAAUUGGUUUCGUCCGAGAGAAAAUCCGGAAAAUGUGGAGGCGAGAGGGGGGACUGCGCGUCGAUCUAGAAGAAUUUUAGAGAAAGAGCGGGUAAAAGGGAGGAAAGGGCGGUAAGGGCAAGGAGAGAACGACGGUUGUUAGGCGAACGAGGUAGCUACUAGAAGAAGCGAAAAACGCGGUGGAGAGACGAGUAUCGAGAGCGACUAGAGGAAACAAAAGAGGGGAUAUAAACGACAAAAAGAAAAAAAAGAGCAGUGAGAAAUAAAAGAAACAGGCCCUUCGUCCAAAGGGCGCAACUUCAUCCACGGGCUGUGCUAGUCACAGUAUAAUCAACUUCGUAGAGUUACUUCUAGGACAUAAGGCUAGUCGAUUACACAUUGUUACAAAAAACUACCUACCGUUUCUCUCUCCGAUAGGGGAUUUUUUAAAAGGUUCUCUAGCGUAAAAGAAAAGGAAGAAGGAGAAGGAGGAGGAGAAAAAAAGAAGAAGAAGAAGAAGAAGAAGAAAAAGAAGAAGAAGAAGAAGGUAAUUUAGCGGUUAAUUAAGAGCGUAGAGUUGACUGUGGACGCGCGCGAUCUCGCGCGAUCGCGCGAAGGCGGCGACAAGCCGCGGUUGUCCCGCGUUCAAGUUCUGAUCGGGGCAGGACAAACGUCUAUUGUGAUAAAUUAAUGAUGAUCCAAGAAAGUAUUUCCGCGCAAUGGGACAAAGGGAGAAAAACUAAUGAGAGGGGGGAGAGAGAGAGAGAGAGAGAGAGUGUGUGUGUGUGUGAGGAAAAGAGAGACUAUGUCCGCCGACACACGGAAGCGGAAAGACAGACAGACAGACCGACAGACAGACAGACAGAACAGACAGACAGAGAAAGGUAGAUAGAUAGAUAGAUAGAUAGAUAGAUAGAUAGAUAGACAGACAAAUCCGAACUAACGGCGAAUCGAGAUUACGCCCUUGCAAGAUCUGUCGGAGGGGUGAGGGGUUUGUACGCGUACGGCGCGCGAUGGCGCGACGUUAAGAGUGAACUCGCGGAUCGAAUCGCAGUAUUUCUUCAAGAAUCGGAGAUUCACCCCGUAUCGACCGCCUUUCCUCUCCGUUACAGCUUUGCAAGGCAGCAAGUUGUGUGUGUAUGUGUGUGCAUGUGUGAGAGAGAGAGAGAGAGAGAGAGAGAGAGAAAGAGAGAGAGAGAGAGAGAGACUUGGAAACGAGGUAAUAGCGAAGCGCGAGAGGUGGUGGGAUAUUA